UUCGUGUAAGUAGCAUUUGUACCUACUAAGGUUUGCAGUCAGCAAUUUUCCUUGAAGUAUUAGAUUAGACAACCAAAUGUGACGUGAGUGCGAAAGUGCAAAAAAAAAAAAAAAAAAAAAAAAAAAAAAAAAAAAAAAAAAAAAAAAGAAGAAGGAAGAGUGCAAAAAAAAGAGAGCCGCCUCCUGCCACGGAUCGAGGACAUGUCAUCCCGCCGAGUGAAUAAAUUCUUUGUCGUAUCGGGGGGCCCGAGGAUUGUCAUCAUCGAAUAAUCGAGGUGUAAUAACAGGUCGGGGAUUGAGAAAAGGAAGAGGAGAUUAGUAGAGAAGGAGGAUCCCCGAGAAAUGGAGGCUUUGGUGGAGUACAACUACGAGGCACAAGAGCCAGACGAGCUCACCAUACGUAAAGGUGACAUCAUCAAAGACAUCAAAGUAACAAUUGGGGGUUGGUGGGAAGGCACCUUGAGAGACAAGCGCGGCAUGUUUCCCGACAACUUUGUCAAAGUGCUGGAUCCGCAGGAGGCAGCCAGAAAUAAUGCAGGAAGUGAUAAGAGUGCUACAAUGAAGCACGACGGUGAAGUUACCCUGCGAAAUGGAUCCGAAAGGAGGGUGUGCAGAGUGAUGUUUAGCUACGAGCCAUGCAACGAUGACGAGCUCAAGCUUAUUCCAGAUGAUUCUAUUGAAUAUUUGGGAGAGGUAGAAGAGGGCUGGUGGCGAGGUAAACUCAAAGGAAGAAUAGGCGUUUUCCCUUCAAAUUUUGUUUCGUCUCCUGAAAUAACAGAUGAAACGGAUAAAAGUAAAGAUAAGAAAGAAUAUUGCAGAGUACUUUACCCGUAUGAAGCUGCUAAUGAAGAUGAACUUACUAUUGCUGAGGGUGAUGUCAUUACACUGAUGUCAAGAGAUGCACCGGAUAAAGGCUGGUGGAAGGGAGAACUUAAGGGUCAAGUUGGAUUAUUUCCUGAUAAUUUUGUGGAAGUGAUAACAGUGAAAAAUGAACAGUUUACGGAUGGUCCGAUGAACCAAAUGUCUAUACCGAAAUCGCUUGUAAAACAUCAGAUUGGAAAAAAAAAAGAAACGGCUAAUAUUAGGAAAAGUUUAGAAGUAAAAAAUCAGCGUUCCGACAAUAUUGUUAAAAAGAGUUCAGCUUUCGCAUCAUCCUCAUCCUUGUCCGUUAGCAGCGUAACAACCGACAAAAAAACAUCGAAUACUUCGGUAUCAAGUUUAAAACGUUUGGUAGUUGACAACAGUAACGUUAGUCAUAACAAUGGAAAUGCAGGAACUGAACUAGGUGAAGAAUUGGAUGAAGUCGAGAGAGGGGAAGGUGGACCUCUUUCACACUUGACGGCAUCAAGGGCAAAAGCUCCACGACGAAGAUUACCCUCUGCGCAACAUUUAAGACACAAUGUGACCACACCAACUGCACCUGCUGGUGCUAAUAAUAUAGCAGCCAUGGAUAAUAUGACUAAUGGUAAUGCGGAUGUUAUGGAACAAACCGUUAAAGAUGAUGAAAAUGAUGGACUUUUGGUAAAAUUAAAGAAAGCGCCGUGGAUGGAAGAAUUAAAAUUAAAUCAAAUAGAACGUAAAAAAGGAAACACGGAGAAAUCAGAUAAAGGAGAAACCAAAAAGGAUCGCGUGUUUUCGUGGCUUACGUCACCAGCAAACAACUCUGAGGCUUUUCCUAAGCAAGACUUGGAUGGAGACGAUCACAAACCAAAAGAAAAAGAAAGAGACAAGGAAAAGUCUCAUAAAACCGAGCCAACUCCAUCUUCUGAACAGCCAUCUCCAUCUCCUGCGACUAGUAUGCCUGCGUACAUCCCGUAUCACCUUUAUGCUCCGCUCCUAGAUAGAAUUGCAGUAUUGGAAGAGAAGCAGACGAUUCUUCAACGAAAGGUAAAUCAGCUUUCGGAACAAUUAGCUGCCUACGUUGGUAAUGGGGCAAGUGAUAAAGAUUAAAUUGUAACAUGAAGACUUUUUCCGCAUUUUAUCGAUUCUUUGAUAUUUUUUAAGCAAUCGCAACGUGUUGUUUUAUAGGUUUUAUUUGAAAAAAAAUUAUUCUGGUUUUAUCGUUUUUAAUUGUUUGGCGUGUAUUUCUAAACAGACUGAAACAUACAACGAUCAUGCAUCGCGAUUUCGACAUUCCACUUUUUUUUUACCUUUGUAAGUUUAUACCGAAAUGGCAAAGUAACCAAGGAAAUGAUUUUUUGUAACUGGUUCUCGACCUUUACAUAAUUCGAUUUAUUUUAUUUUAAGUUUCUAAUGCUGAAACUAGUUUCUUUAUAAUGUACUUAAAAAGUAGCCGUGUUGAUUAUUUUUUUAGCCAUUAGUAUAGAUUUUAAAUUGACUCGACUGUGCCAAUAAUUUUUUAUCCCAUGUUCAUUUUUUUGGCAUAGGCUAGACAUGAUUUUAAUACGAUUGAUUUCCAUACGACUUACUUUAUACUAAUUUAUUACAGACUUUUUAAAUUUGUAACAAUAACGCACCAAAAUUUGAAAAAUCUAAUUUUUACAGAUUUUUUACCUAUUUAGCUAACGGAAAUGAAAUAUUUAUCAAAAGAUAAAUAAUUUUGGCGUUCAAAGAUCGCUUGGUACUUCUUAUGGGCAAUUUUGUACUUAUGAACAUUUAUAAAUGGUUUAUGCAAAAGAAAAAAAAAUACAGGCAAUGUGUGCUUAGCUGUACCUUAGAUAAACGGUCCGCAUGUCAUCUGCAGUAGAUUAAAAAAAAAGUCACUCGCAAUAAGCGGAUGACACCCUUAAAAAGUAUAUUUUUUAAUCAAGAAUUCCUUGCUUUGGUCGAAAAGUUAAAAGAAAAGCGUUUUAAGGCAGACGAUGAGGAAGCAAAAUAUGUAAUUCUAAGAUGAAAGGAACUAUUUCUGACCAAAUAUCUUGUUAUACGUAUCUUGAAUUGAUAAUUUUGUACUUUUAUAAAAGCACGGCGGUAUGUAUUUAGCCACAAAAAUACGCUGCAGUACCAUCGCAUUGUUUAUUCAGUAUCACGAAAAACCAUAUGAUCAAAAAAAGAGUGCUAGUACUUACGUUAAAAUAAAUUUUUCUUAUUUUGCAAGAAAAAAGAAAUGAAUGCUCGUAUUCGAGUGGGCUACAAGCGUGUGCAGAUGAUAAUAAUAAUAAUAAUAGUAAUAAUAAUAAUUAAAUAUUAAAUACGAAAGAAAAAACCAGUAGAAGAGAAUUUUGCAUUUUUUAUACAAAUACAAAAAGCUCCUCGUCGUUGAUAAAUAAAUGUCCAUAAACGCAACAAAAAUUUUGUAGUCCAGGUUGUAAACGAUGCUUCCGUUAGUCGCUAUAAGAUACUUAUCGCAUGGUCACCAACAGUAUUUCUCAUUGGUAUGUGAAACGAAAAAACGACAAGGAGGGCUUCGUGAUAGCCCGUUGAUAUAUAAAAAAAUGUUCUAGUAUGCCAAGUACAGCUGUUACUUGGUGAGAGAAAAGUCGCAAGUUAUCCUAAUCCUAGUAAAGCAAAAAAAGGAGGCGACUCUAACUGGAUAAAAGACGAAUGAUGUUAUUUACCUAUCGAUAGAAAAAGUUUGUGCGUCCUAUAUUUAUUGAAAAAAAAGGAGAUUUUUAUGAAAAGACGAAAACGCAUAAUACACGUAUAUGUACAUAAUUUUUAGGGAGAAGAAAAUGCGCGUGCGUUUAACGCAAAUUAAAAAAAUAGGACGUAUAAAGAAAAGUGGUAAAACAGAUGAGAUAUUAUAUAUUUUCUCUUGC